AUGAUGGGGGGCGAAGGCGACGGCGUCGCCGGUGCUGAGCCCGAGCUUGAGUCAAAGAAGGUACACCCCUUCUUCUCGGCACCCAAGAAGCCAGCAUCCUCCAAGGACCACUUGGCGAAUGCCGCCCGGCCCGUCACCCCAGAAUCAUGCGCGAGCCCCGGCUCCGAACAGCUCGACCCGACAACAUCAGCCCCAGCCGCCCUCGACGAUAACGAAGCUGCGCAAGGCAGGCAAAAACGCCGAAAGACCGACUCGAUGGCGGAUGUGAAGCAGUCAAGCAAGCCCGUCCCGCAGAAGAAACCCAAGGCUCGAGUGUCUACGGGUAGCAACAUCGUCCAGCUCUUCGCGCAGAAAGAUAAAGAUGGCACAUCAGGGAGCAGUGCGGACGACCCAGCAGGUACGAACGGGGCAACUGAGCCCGUUGAAGGCCCUGGACCCUCGACGAAUGACUCUUUGCCGCCUCUUGCCCAGGCCCCGGCGCUGUCCCUCAGUGCUACUGCCGUUGCUCCUGUUGUUGUUGCUGCUGCUGCCGCCCCGGCCCAAGAAGACUCAACGAAGCCCAAAAAGAUACUCAAGUUCAACCCAAAGACCGGUACUAUAGGUUCUCCUCCGAAACCAAAGGUGCCGACCGUCGCUCAGGCUGACCACGUGGACUCGAAACCAUCCGGCAGGCCAAGGCGGACCAAGAAGAUUGCGUACGCAGCACCUUUUGUUGUUCACAUUCGGUACGGCACUCUAGACGAUGAUGCGCGCGUCAGUAUUGGGGAGAAGAUCGAAGAAAUAUUUAGCGGCGUGCCCUUUAUCCAUCCCAAGGGCAUUGCCAACAUGUCUUCCAACUCGCAGCCAGCAGGCCAAGGCCUCACUCCACCUUCGUCCAGUCUGGAAACACCAAAGAGUCGCACGCCGAAUAAGCGUGGCAGGCCUCGGAAAGCCACAUCGACGCAUCCCCUAUUCAGCGGCAAAUCAAGCGCCGUAACACCUGCUCAAGCUGAGGAGAAGCCCAAGUCGCCUGUCAAAAGAAAUUCGAUCUUCACCUCGACUCCCUGCUCGCCCAAGCGCACCCGCCAGCCGCUGGGGAACUUCAGCUUUCCCCAGUUUGGCAUGAAAGCUGGCGGCUUCAAGUUCCCCGGCGCCCAACAGGCAGCCUGGCCAUGGAAGGGCAUGGUGCAUAUCCGAGGUGAUGAUCGCGAUAUGACUUCGCCUCAUCACGAGAUGCCCCAUCGGGUUGAAUCGAGAAACAGGAAAUCCAAAGGCCGCCAGAUUGAUUUUCCAGCAGACGAGUCCGUCCUGUAUCGUGCUGCAUCUCGCCUCCGGAUACAUGAGCUCGUCCAAGAGCUUCUGGCUGUCAAUACUGACGAGUUUCUACCUGCUCCUGCCACUUUGAGAAUCCCAGGGCGCCAUUUCGAGAGUGGGAGGAGACUUCAAGACCGCGUAAGGCCGGAGCUGCGUACUCUUGCGUUGGGAUCAUCAGACAGGACUCACCCUGCCAUUGCCCACGCUUACAACUUGUUGGCCACAUCCUUGUCCGCAUUCGACCAGUCGACAUGCGAGGGCUUAUCGUGGACGCAGAAGUACAGCCCUACAACAUCUGACCGUGUGCUUCAAGGAGGACGAGAGGCUGAAAUGUUGAGAGAUUGGCUCAGGACUUUGAAAGUGCAGGCUGUCGACACGGGUGCGUCAGAUGGCAACGGUACCAAGGCGAAAACUGCCCCUCCGAAGAAGAAAAAACGCAAGAAGCUUGAUGAUUUCGUGAUUUCCAGUGACGAGGAGAAUGCCGAAAUGGACGAGAUCUCCGAAACCGAAGCUGACUGGAUGCCCACUGGAGGUCAGGGAGGUCUCAGGACGGUUGUGCGCCCCAGGCCUUCGAAGGACUCCCGCCUGACCAAUGCAGUCCUACUGAGUGGCCCUCAUGGGUGUGGCAAAACUGCGACUGCCUAUGCCAUCGCCAAGGAACUGGAUUUCGAAGUCUUCGAAAUCAGUGCAGGCUCGCGGAGGAGUGGAAAGGAUAUCCUCGAAAAGAUCGGGGACAUGACUAGGAACCAUCUCGUCCAACAUAAACAGGAGGUUGCAAAGCCAGAAGAGGAGAUCAACGAUGAGGAUGUGGCCCGUGAUAUCAAGUCGGGCAAGCAGGGGAUGAUGACGGCUUUCUUUAAGCCAAAAGCAGACGCGAAACCAAAGCCAGAUGCGAAACGAAAGGCUGAGAACAUAAAACCCGUCGAGAAAGUCGCAAAGCUUGCCGUGGAUAAACCCAUCCAAAAGAACUCGGGCCAAUCCCAGAAGCAGUCGCUGAUCUUACUAGAAGAAGUUGACAUUCUUUACGAAGAGGACAAGCAGUUUUGGGCCACCGUCAUCAGCCUCAUGGCACAAUCGAAGCGUCCUUUCAUCAUGACGUGUAGUGAUGAGGCACUUGUCCCUAUCCAGAGUCUCAAUCUGCAUGGCAUCUUCAGAUUCAAUCCUGUGCCAAGGGACCUUGCUACUGAUCUACUGCUCUUGAUCGCAGCAAACGAAGGACAUGCAUUGAAACGCAGCGCCGUCGAAGCUCUGUACGAAUCACGAAAACAGGAUCUUCGUGCCUCCAUACAUGAGCUCAACUAUUGGUGUCAAAUUGGUGUGGGGGAUCCCAAGGGCGGCCUCGGCUGGUUUUACCGCAGGUGGCCAGAAGGGUCGGACCUUGACGAGCAUGGCAAUAGGAUACGCGUUAUCAGCUGUGGCACAUACCAACAUGGUAUGGGCUGGCUUGGUAGAGAUGCAAUCGCUUCCCCGUCGUCGGGCUGUACCACAGAAGAAGAACUCAUCUACCAAGCAUGGCAGAACUGGUCGCUUGAUAUGAGCGACUGUGAGUCUACCGCGGUUCAUCAAGGCUGGCCCGACUUAUCAGGGCUCCCACGCGAAGACAGGAUGGCCCUUCUAGAGACCACUGACUCUUUCUAUGACUCUCUGAGUGCUGCAGACGUUUCUUCCUACGGCUCAUUGUCAUCCCUCAACCAAGUUGUGCUAGAUUCGACACUACCAGCUAUACCGGCAAAGGCUAAGAACGAUUUUAUAAUUGGUCUUCAGGCCCUGGAGUCGCCGAUCCUGAACCACUAUAACUCCACUGCGUUCGAGAUAUCGGCCAGCAUCAGGUGUCUCGCACAGACCAGGAUCUUAACAACAGAUCUUGCAAUCAUGGCAAAUCACUAUCCCCUGGACGAAUCCAAGACGACGCAGAAAAUCCAAGAUAGCUUUGGCGCCCCAUCUCCAAGCUCUGCUGCAAUCAGUAGAUAUGAUUACAGCAUCGCCUUCGACCCCAUUGCUGUCUCCGAGUCAGCAAACCAAUCUUCGGGCUAUCUUGACCCCUCUGUCUUCGACCGGACCAUGCGGAUGAUCACACUAGAUGUGGCACCGUAUGUACGAAGCAUCACAGCUUACGACCAGCGACUGCAGGCCGAACGACUUCUGCGCAGCAAUUUGCUCAGUGAAGGCGGGAAACCCAAGAAGCGCGUGCGUACAACCCGGGCUGCGUGGUCGGCUUUGGAGGGCGGCUCCAGGGCUAGCACACGGCGUGAAAAGUACUUCUCUGCGGAAAUCAACCCGCAUCUGGUCAUGCGGACUGGAGGCAAAGGUUGGGAAAUUCUGACCCAGGAUGUACAGGACGAGCUGGUAGAGUCAAGGAGCUCGCCGGCUGAGCAAGAGAGCAGUGACGACAUGGACACGACUAUGGAAUGA